AUGUCAGGCUCUGGGCGAAAAGAUUUUGAUGUUAAGCACAUCCUGCGACUCCGCUGGAAACUCUUCAGCCACCCGUCGCAGUCCCCUGGCGCUCCGGCCGGGGGCAGCUGCCUGCAAGAAGACGGCAGCAGCAGCUUCGAACACUGGGGACCCAGCCAGAGCCGCCUGCUCAAAAGCCAAGAGAAGGGCAGCGUGAGCACUUUCUGGAAAAAGCCUUCCUCUUCUUCCUCCUCUUCUUCUUCUGCCUCCCCGUCCUCUUCCUCCUCUUCCUUCAACCCACUGAAUGGCACCCUGCUGCCAGUGGCCACGAGACUGCAGCAAGGGGCGCCCGGGCAGGGAACCCACCAGCCGGCCAGGACUCUCUUCUACGUGGAGUCCCUAGAAGAGGAGGAGGUGCCAGGCAUGGACUUUCCUGGACCACACGAAAAAGGGCUUGUCUUGCAAGAGCUCAAAGUGGAACCGGUCAACUCGAGCCAGGCAACAGGUGAAGGAUGUGGACACAGGCUGUCAGCAACUACCCAUUCUCUGACACCUCAAAGUGAUAUGGACUCCAGUAGCUCUGAAGAAUUCUAUCAGGCUGUGCACCAUGCUGAGCAAACCUUCAGAAAAAUGGAAAAUUACUUGAAACAACAGCAACUCUGUGAUGUUAUCCUGAUUGUUGGGAACCGAAAGAUACCUGCACAUAGGCUUGUUCUGAGCUCAGUCUCCGACUAUUUUGCUGCCAUGUUUACAAGUGAUGUGUGCGAAGCCAAGCAAGAGGAGAUCAAGAUGGAAGGCAUAGACCCAAAUGCUCUCUGGGACCUUGUCCAAUUUGCAUAUACAGGUUGCUUGGAAUUAAAAGAAGAAACCAUUGAAAACCUUCUUGCUGCAGCUUCCCUUCUUCAGCUUCCUCAAGUAGUAGAAGUGUGCUGCCAUUUCCUCAUGAAGCUCUUGCAUCCAUCUAACUGUUUAGGAAUCCGAGCAUUUGCAGAUGCUCAAGGAUGCAUUGAAUUAAUGAAGGUGGCCCACAGCUACACAAUGGAAAACAUAAUGGAAGUUAUGAGAAAUCAAGAGUUUUUACUGCUUCCAGCUGAGGAGCUCCAUAAACUCCUGGCCAGUGAUGAUGUCAAUGUCCCCGAUGAAGAAACCAUCUUCCAUGCAUUAAUGAUGUGGGUCAAAUAUGACAUGCAGAGGAGAUGCAAUGACUUGAGUAUGCUUCUGGCCUUUAUAAGACUGCCGCUGCUUCCACCUCAGAUAUUGGCUGACCUAGAAAACCAUACAUUAUUUAAGAAUGAUCUGGAAUGUCAAAAGCUGAUUCUGGAAGCAAUGAAAUACCAUCUAUUGCCAGAAAGAAGAACUUUAAUGCAAAGUCCAAGAACUAAACCUAGAAAAUCUACAGUUGGAACUCUGUAUGCAGUGGGAGGAAUGGAUAACAACAAAGGAGCUACAACCAUAGAGAAAUAUGACCUCAGAACAAAUUUAUGGAUCCAGGCAGGGAUGAUGAAUGGCAGGAGACUGCAGUUUGGUGUGGCUGUUAUUGAUGACAAACUCUUUGUAAUUGGAGGUCGAGAUGGCUUAAAGACAUUGAACAGUGUUGAAUGUUACAACCCCAAAACCAAGACUUGGACUGUCUUACCACCAAUGUCAACACAUAGGCAUGGUCUAGGUGUGACAGUACUUGAAGGCCCUAUCUAUGCCGUGGGAGGCCAUGAUGGCUGGAGCUAUCUGAACACAGUGGAGAGGUGGGAUCCUCAGAGUCAGCAGUGGACAUUUGUAGCUAGUAUGUCAAUUUCCCGAAGCACAGUUGGUGUGGCAGCUUUGAAUGGCAAGUUGUAUUCAGUUGGAGGUCGUGAUGGAAGUUCCUGUUUGAGUUCAAUGGAAUAUUAUGAUCCUCACACAAAUAAGUGGAACAUGUGUGCUCCAAUGUGUAAACGAAGAGGGGGUGUUGGAGUGGCCACAUGUGAUGGUUUUCUUUAUGCAGUAGGAGGUCAUGAUGCUCCUGCUUCAAACCACUGUUCUCGGCUGCUAGAUUACGUAGAAAGAUAUGAUCCCAAAACAGACACAUGGACCAUGGUGGCUCCUUUGAGUAUGCCCAGAGAUGCUGUUGGUGUCUGUCUCCUUGGUGACAGACUAUAUGCCGUUGGUGGCUAUGAUGGGCAGACAUACCUCAACACUAUGGAAUCCUAUGAUCCACAAACUAAUGAAUGGACCCAGAUGGCUUCCUUGAAUAUUGGGAGAGCAGGUGCCUGUGUAGUAGUCAUCAAGCAACCUUGA